CUAGUUUUCGAAAUUUUCUAAAUAAAUGGCCGGGCAAAAAGUAUUUUGGUAUGUAUAGAUUCCUUCCGAUAUUUUUCGUACUAGGUGCAGCACUGGAAUUUUCAAUGAUUAAUUGGCAUGUUGGCGAAAUAAAUUUUUAUAGAACAUUCAAGAAGAGACAAGCUAAAAAUUUAGCAGAACAAGAAAUUGAAAAAGAUAAUCAAACAAUCUAAAUAAAGACUAACGUAAAGAUGCCCGCAGGUGUUAGUUGGGGAAGGUAUUCACUAUUUUCAAUAGCAGCGCUUUUAGCGAUGUUAUCCGGAUCUCAAGUAGUUCAUUUGUACUAUAAACCUUUAUCUGAUAUAGAUAAAUAUAUUGAAGAGGAAAAAAGGAAAUUAAAAGGAUCAAAAACUUGAUUAUCUUCAUUUUAUAUGUAAAUAUUGUUAAAUAAAAAGUUAUUAGAUUUGUUUAAUCACUUUUUUGUAUUUAAUAAAUGAUUCAAUUUCCCAAAAUAAAAGUUGCAAUAGCAGUACUUCAAUGAAUAUUAUCAGAUUCAUGAGUAGUUCAUUUGUACCAUGAAUAUUUUCUCUUAUAAAUAAAUAAAUUGAAGAAAAAAAAGAAUAUUGAAACAAUCAAAAACUUUAUUAUUAACAAUUUAAAUGUAAAUAUUGAUAAAUAAAAAAUUAUUACAUUUGUUUAACCAAUUUUUUUAUUUAGAAAUGAUUUAACAAAACAAAAUUUGCAAUAUGAAAGUAUUAAAAAUACUAAUAAAUUUCUAAUUUUUUCUGUUCUGUUCAAAUAAAAAGAAGUAAUAAGGACUUGGAAUGAAAAUUAUUGUAUACAAUAUUAUUUUUUUUCUACCAUUAGUAUUUGUUUUCAGUAGAAGUACUUUUAUGAAUGUUAUCCGAUUCUAAAGUAGUUCAUUUGUACCAUAAACCUUUUCUCUUAUAAAUACAUAAAUUGGAGAGACAUUAAAAGAAUCAAAAAUUUGAUUAUCUCCAUUUUGAAUAUAAAUAUUGUUAAAUAAAAAUUUAUUAGAUUUGUUUAACUAUUUUUUUUUGUAUUUAGAAAUGAUUUAACUUCUCAAAAUAAAAAUAUUG